AUGUCUCGCGUCCCAGGAAAAAGACGAAAAGUAUCUGCUUGUUUAACUACUACUAUAUACGGUCAAACAUAUUUGGACCCAGAGAAAUGUAAAGCCAGAGGUUUUGAACCAAUCAAAGCAGCUGAGGAAGAAAUAAAAGGGAUCCAUUGGGCAGAAUGGAUUGAAAGAAGAACAGAAGAGAUAGGAUUUUGCGCUCAAUUCGAGGAAUUUCUUGCUAAAUUUCCGCCAGAAUUUGUAAAUAAGGAUCGAGAUCCGAAAUCUCUGGAUUGCUUGGAUGACACCCCAAUACCAAAGAAGAGAAAUAAGAGUGAUAAAAAGCCAUCAACAAAGAUAUCUAUUUGUGAAGUGUUCUUUAUUGAUCAAAGCUUCACAUCUGUGAACCAUAAAAUCAAACUUGAAGAUGGAUUUUAUGUCAAGGUCAUUGCUGUAAAGAUGAACAAAGAUAAUGUUUUUUUAGAGGUGGAGGAAAAAGUUGGAGAUAAAUUGGAAUAUUACGAAAUUGAGUAUCAGCAAGAUAUGGUUGGAUUGUAA